AUGAAGAUCGCCGUCCUCCCUGGCUCGACCAAGACAGCGCAGGCCGCUGUUCGCUCGUUGCUCGCGGAUCCUAGCUCGCCCAAUGUGAUUGCGUUCUAUCGCGACCCUGCCAGGGCACCGGCCGAGUUCACCUCCAAUACCAGAUUUGAAGCGGUCAGAGGCGAUCUUAUGGAUGCAGCAACCCUGGACCUGACGGGAUGCGAUGCCGUGCUCGCCAUCACGCCACCGACUUUCGAAGACGUGGAUAUCAUCGAGAGAGCUCGAAAGAUGUCUCAGAAUACAAGAGAUGCGGUCCGGCGGGCGGCAAAAACGGUGAACAGACUUGUGCUGUUGUCUAGUCAGGGUGCCCAGUUCGAUCACGGCGUUGGAGAAAUAGGCACAAACCAUGUCGCAGAGGUCACAUUGAAGGACGCGGCUCCCGAAGUGGUCUUUGUCAGAUGCGCCUACUUUAUGGAAAAUUGGAUGAUGGCCCUGCAGACCCUGAGGUCCGAGAAUCCGUUCUUUUACAGUACUCUGACUCCAUUGAAUCAUGUUCUGCCCAUGGUUUCUAUCAAGGACAUCGGCGCCACCCUGUGUGCUCAGUUGCUCUCAGCAGGCUCCAGGCUUCCUUCCAACCCUCACAUAUUCGAUCUGGAGGGCCCAGACGCUUACGGUUCUCUGGAUGUGCAAAGGGCAUUUGAGAAAGCUUUGGGCAAGUCUGUCGACGUGAAGCCUGUAGAAAAGGAAGACUUGGAAGCCUACUGGGGCAAAGCCUUUCCUACUCGUGUAGCGAAAUGCUUCACGGAGAUGACUAUCAGCACUCUUCCCGGUGGUCUUCUAGCCGAAAGCUGGGAACCAGGGCGGACAGCCAACGUGCAGAGAGGAGAAACUUCACUAGAUGAGGCCAUCAGCCAGCUGCCCACUGGUGUCGCGCCGCAGUUCAUUGCGCCCUCGACGCUUGAUAAGCUGACAUCCUACCGCCAUGCGAGCUCCAAAAGCGAGCGGUUCUUCUGUUCCACCUGUGGGUGUCACAUCGGCGACCGCGGCCUCGGAGGCGAGCAUGGCACCGAUUGGGUGAUUGCUACAUCAAUAUUUGCCGACCACACAGAAGCCACCUUCCAGAUCAAGAGGCACUGCUUCACAGACGCCACUCCCGGAGACGGCCUGCACAGCUUCCUCCCCAGCAUCGCGGGCCGGGAGAUCAAGCUCUGGAACCCGGACCCGGAAGACCCGACGUGGGACGCCAAGCCCGCAGCUCCACCGGAAGCCGAGUACGACACCCAAGGGAACGAGCGGCUCCGGGGCCAGUGCCAUUGUGGCGGUGUUUCCUUCACCGUGCCGCGCCCGACCAUCCCGGCAGUCCAGGACGAUCCGUACCUGCGCAAAUGGGCAUCUCCGCUGGAUCCCAACAAAUGGAUCGCUUGUCUCGACGUCUGUGACGACUGCCGGCUCGUCGACGGCACGCAUGUGAUCGCUUGGACCUUCUUGCCUGCCGCACUUCUCGACCCGCCCUUGAAGCCGGACCUGUCUGGAUUUGGCACCCUCAAAGUGUACAACUCCUCCGAGGGUGUGAGGCGGGGCUUCUGCGGCACCUGCGGGGCUACUGUCGUGUUUGCUUAUGAUGGGCGCAUACCGACGGAUCAGCAGGCUAUCGUCGAUAUUGCCAUUGGAGUAUUCAGGGCUCCUGAAGGAGUCCUAGCUGAGAACUGGCUCACGUGGAGAUCUGGACAAUUGGCGUGGCCUUCGAGCGGAGAGAGGUAUGACCUGGAAUUCACAAAGGCUCUGAAGGAAGGGCUUGCAGCUUGGGGCAUGAGGAAGCAUGGCGUGGCAGCUGAUUUCAAGAUUGACUAG